AUGUAUGAAAUAUAUGGGUUUAGCCCAAUCAACUCUGAAAGCGACUUUGACGAUGAUGAUGAUGAUUAUGAUGAUUUCAGUCAGAGCGAGGCCAUCUCCGUUAAGAGGGCAUCCAUCGCUGACAUGUUUCGGAGCGCUACAACCCUCGAACGAAUAAUCAUGGUUAUUGGAGCCUUGGCGGCAUUUGGUAGUGGAGUGAGUUCCCCAGCGUUCAUGUUUAUAUUCGGGCAAAUGGCGCGCUCUGCCAUAAUGGGUGAUGCGCACGACGUGACGACGAAGUUUGCCGUGAUGAUGGCUAUAUUGGGCUCUGUGGAUUUCGUUCUAACCUCUGUGCAGAACAUGUGUUGGGUUUUCAGUGCCGCCAGACAGGUGGGAAACAUGAAAAUACGCUAUUUCAAUGCGGUACUGCGACAGGACCUUAGCUGGCAUGACCGACACAAGCCAGGCGAGUUGGUUUCCCGCAUUACGACUGACAUGCAUGCUGUGGAAAACGGUAUCAAUGAGAGACUUUCUAAAGGUAUUGUGAGCUUGGGUACUGCAGUCUUUGGGCUCGUUUUUGCGAUUAUUUCUUCAUGGGAACUCACUCUUUUCAUUAUGGCGGGAUUUCCUAUUGCCGGUGUUAUAUUUGGAGUCUGUAUGCUGCUCGUGAGCCGUUGCAAUUCAAAGUGCCGCAAUCAAUACGCCAAAGCGUCAUCUAUUUCUACAGAGGUGAUGGAGAAUAUCAAAACAACGCAAACCUUUAACCAAGAGGAAUAUGAACUCAAUCGGUUUGCUGUUACUCUGUUGGCUUCACGAGAUUCCGGCAUAAAGAAGGGAUUCUUAAUUGGAGGAGCGGUAGGACUGAUGACAGCUAUUAUUAUGGUUGCAUGUGCGGGUGGAGUGGUAUUCGGUUCCUACCUUAUAAUAUGGGGGCGGGGUGAUGUGGGGAGCGUUACAUCGAGUUUCAUGCCAAUUAUGUACGCUGCCAUGGGACUGGCCUCAAUGUUCCCGAGCCUUGUCGCAUUCAUGGAGUCUAGGUCCGCUGCGUAUCAGCUCGUCAAGACAAUCGAUCGCAUUCCUCGAAUUGAUAUUGAUUCUCAUGGCUGGCCAAUAGAGGUUUUUGAGGACUCGAUCACAUUUAAAAUGGUCUCUUUUCGAUAUGAAGGUCGCCCAAGCGAACCGAUUUUUGAUCAAUUGAAUUUCACUCUACAAAGAGGUCAAAAAAUUGCAUUUACCGGUGUGACUGGAUGUGGAAAGUCCACAAUACUCAGUUUGAUCCAGCGAUUCUACGAUCCAACCGAAGGAGCGGUGUUGAUUGAUGGAGACGAUUUACGUUUGUUGUCCCUUUACGAUUGGCGAAGCCUCAUUGGUGUGGUAUCACAAGAGCCCCAACUUUUCUCUGGAAGCAUUAUUGACAAUGUUCGCAUGGGUAAUCAGGAAGCCACUCUGGAUGAUGUCAUCGAUGCUUGUACGCGAGCCAACAUUCAUGAUACGAUCAUGCAGUUACCUGAUGACUACUACACUCUAGUGGGAAAGGGCCAACUAAGUGGUGGCCAAAAGCAGCGAUUGGCGAUUGCUCGUGCAUUGGUGAGAAUGCCCCAAAUUCUUUUACUUGACGAGGCCACCAGUGCCUUGGACCGAAAGUCAGAACUGGAAAUGCAGGAGGCCCUGAAUACAUUGAUGGAAGAAGAGGGAAUGACGGUUAUCGUGAUUGCUCAUAGGCUUUCAACAAUAAGGUACGUGGAUUGCAUAUACCACUUGGAGAGAACCCCUGGAAAAGGAAGCUACAUCGCAGAAUACGGUACAUACGACGAGUUGAUGCUCCAAAACGGUUUCUUCGCCGCAAUGGCAAUGAUGCAAAGUAACGCACAGCGUCCGCUGAAGAGGGCCUUUGGAAUGAACAACAGCCUGUACCUCUACAGCAAUUCCUCUGAAGGGGAUAUAAACAAUUUUGGCAACAUGAGUGAUUUCGCUGAUGACAAUGAUGCCCAAAUUUCUUAUGAUACUAGUCCAGAGUUAGCUUCCAUUUCAAAUAUCACUUAUUCACCUAUUGAAGUGCCAUUUGAGAAACGUGCCGAAUGGGAAGUGGAUCAAACUACUGUCUCAUUUCGGAGGGUAAUGCACCUUACUGGCAGACGGUGGGCAAUCGCACUGGGGGCUUUAGGUUCAGUGCUCAAUGCUAUUGCGCUUCCAGGGUCUGGGGUUGUCUUUGCAUUGAUGGUGAAUGUUAUGGGUGAAUACGGCCUAGAUGGUGACGUGAAUAAGAUGCAAAAGAACGUGAUGAUUGGUGCCUUUGUUUUUGCUGGUCUGGCUGGUUUGAACAUUUUAGCCUCAGUACUUCAGAGCUUUUACGCUUACGCUGGGGAAUACCUAACGUACUUCCUUCGGGUAGAACUUUUCCGUUCAAUUCUUCGGCAGGAUCAAACAUUUUUUGAUAUGCCUGGUCAUGAACCUGGAGCUCUCUCUGGCAUCAUCUCAGGCGACUGCGAGAUCAUCCACCAACUUUGGGGUCCAACAGUGGGAGCAGUGGUCCGAAUGGUUGUAUUUUUCUUUGGCGGCAUCGGUGUGAGUCUCUUUUUUCAGUGGAAAGUGGCUCUCGUUGCAACGGCGUGUAUGCCGCUCGUCAUUGGUUGUAUGAUUAUUCAGGACAAAUUCGUUUCUGCCUACGUCACAAAAAAUAGAGAUGUUGCGCUUCAUACGAUCACCUCCGAAUCCUUUUCAGCAAUUAGUACCAUCGCAUCCUUUAACAUGAAGGACCCAAUGGUGUUGCGUUACUCUCACGCUCUUGCAGAGAGUCAAAGCCGGACGGAGAAGUUGAGCCGUUUUUUGGGGAUAACUGCCGGCCUGAUGAAUUUUUUCUACUACGGUACCGUUGCACUUUCCUUCUGGUACGGGGGAACCCUCAUUGCCUCGUCGGAAGCAACAUUUCAACAGGUUAUGGUUUCUUCAAUGGCUAUUAUGGUGUGUCUUAUGGGUGCUGGUUCCGAAGUGGGCGGCUUAGCGAGGAAUUAUAUCAAGGCUUCACUCUCUGCAAGGCGAGUAUUCUGCAUCAUUGACCGGAUCCCCGACAUAGAUGUGUAUGAUGCUGGGGAUGAUGAUGUUGGAUAUGAGUGUGAUGUGAGUUUUAAAGGAGUGCAAUUUUUUUACCCCUCGCGCCCAGAUACUAUAGUGCUUGAUUCUACGAAUCUGUGUUUUGCUAGCGGAUCAUCAAAUGGCCUGAUGGGACAGACUGGGUGUGGCAAGUCGACUGUAAUUCAGAUUCUCGCUCGGUUUUAUAACCCCACAGGCGGUCGUGUGCUCAUCAAUGGGAAGGAUCUACGUGAGAUUGAUAUUUUUUCAUGGAGGAAGAACAUUGGCAUUGUGCUGCAGGAGCCAUCAUUGUUUAGUGGGACAGUGAAGGAUAAUAUUCUCUAUUCCUGCCCGGAUGCCACGGAUGAGGAAGUUGAGGAGGCUGCUAGUUUGGCUUGCAUUCAUGAUGAAAUUAUGAAUAUGCCUGACGGGUACGACACACAAGUGGGCUACCGAGGUAACGAGCUGAGCGGUGGCCAGAAGCAACGGGUCGCCAUUGCGAGAAGUAUCUUGCGAAGACCCCGUCUACUUCUGUUGGAUGAAGCUACCAGCGCUUUAGACAAUGCCACAGAGGCUGCUGUACAACGGAACCUUGACGAGCUACAAAACCUUUAUGGAACAACAACGGUGAGCAUUGCCCAUCGCCUCCCAACCAUACGAUACUGCGAUCAAAUUGUAUUGUUGGACGUUGGGCGAAUCAUUGAACAUGGUAGCCAUGAUGAGCUGAUGGCAUCCAACGGCGAGUACAGGGCGCGCUGGGAGCUAACACAGUGA